GAAACCAUAAAUAAAACGUAAUAAUCUAAUUUCUUCUGUCUUCACAAUUCGAUUUCGAGAAUCUCAAAACUAAAAGAUGAUGGGAAAGGGGAGCUUUUCGAUAUUCAAGACGAGGAAAGAAAGGACGAGGUGGAAAUUUUUGGGACUUGGAGGGCUAAAGUGGAAGAGAUUGAGUCUUAAGCUGUCGUUUCUCGACAGUUUGAGAUUCAGAAUCAUGUCUAUCAUCGAAGCAAUGGUUUUGGUUUCUAAGCUUGCUUUUUUCUUUCUUUGUUGCGGUUGCAAAUUCUAACAUGUCAGUAUAUUUUUUUUGGGUAAACUGUGAUUCUUUUCUUUUGUAUUCUUAGUUUAUAUAAUGUAAAUUUGAUUCUAAGUAUUUCAAUUGAAUAC